ACGUCAUUUCCGGAUAUUCAGGAUUGCGGAUGUGAGCAGAAGUGAGUGAUCCCAGUUAGAAUGACGGGCGAGUAGCGUGAUUUCAGGAUUACAUCGGUGAUCAGUACAACUUAUAUCGAGACCGUUACCUGUGGAGAUAUAUUAUGGCGGGUUUGUUUUCGUUUUGUUUCGACUGCAUUGGUCGCAGUAGCUCCAGCCACGUUACCCUAAAAGAAAUGCCCACGGUUCAACUAGACACGCAUCACAUGGGAACCGAUGUUGUCGUUGUGAAAAGGGGUAGAAGAAUAUGCGGUACAGGUGGCUGCAUCGCAAACGCUCCUCUCCAUCAAAAUAAGAGCUACUUUGAAUUCAAAAUUCAGUCUACCGGCGUCUGGGGAAUAGGAGUUGCUACGCAGAAAGCUAACCUUAACCAGGUCCCAAUGGGUCGGGACGCAAACAGUUUGGUGCUGAGGCAAGACGGAUCUGUGUACUGUAACGACGAGGAGAAGAACCGGCUACCAGCUAACAGCCUACCACAGGAAGGAGACAUCGUGGGAGUUACAUAUGACCACGUGGAGCUUAAUUUGUACCUGAAUGGGAAGAACAUGAACUGUCCAGCAUCAGGCAUUCGAGGGACAGUUUUCCCUGUAGUAUAUGUGGAUGACAGUGCGAUACUGGAUUGUCAGUUUGGUGAUUUCUACUACCCUCCUCCACAAGGCUACCAAAAGAUUCUCUUUGAGCAGCAGAUCUUCUGAACUUCAGCCCACCCCCCUGCUCACCACCUGUCCACUCACGUGUCACCUGUAUCCGGUCCAACGGUUACGUCCCAGCCGGAGGCGGCGCACGGAUUGAACUGAGCGUUGUAUGUUUUUAAUCAUGUGGCUGAUGCUUUGCUCUGCAGGUGUAGUGUUAUGUCUUCUCUGAUUUUGUUAGUUUUUUGGUUUGGCUAAUGCAGAAUUGGUCCAUGUUAGCAUACAGAAUACCCCACUCUUGCCCUAUAGUAUUUAUGAAAUUUUAUGAAGUCUUAUAUUAUUAGGUGCAUAUAUUCAAGGUCUUUUAAAAAAAGAUCUCUUCUAAAUUUUGAGCACUGUGCUUCACAUCCCAAAGAAUACACUACUUUUACAAAGACUCAUUUGACUAGUGUUCUUCUGUAAUCAUGAGUUCUUGAAAGGUGGAUGGAAAUCAGAGAUAUAAUCAGGUGGAAUGUUACACCUGACCAGACCAACAUUUUAGAACUGAGCAACAGUUAUAGUUGUUGCUUAAAGUUAAAGAUAAUCUGUAUUUCAGUAGAAUCAAACGGGGCAGCCAAAUCUGGAAUUGUCAUUCAAUUUAUUCAUGUUUAAACUUCUGAAAUGAAACUCAGUACUGUUUGUAUUUCCUCUCCUCACACCGUUGAGAUCAUCCAUGUUUAGAGUUGAUUUUCCCCUCAUAGCACUUCCAACACAUAGCAUUACAUGUGGUUUUACAAAGAUAUAUUUAUCCGUCUUUGUAAUAGUUCACUACGUUUUACUUAGACCUCUUACAAUGAUCGUCAGACUGACGCAAUAUUAAUAAUGAUUUUGGAGAUAUGUGCGUGCCAGAAAAUAAAGAUGAUAUAGUGCCUAUAGUGAGUAUUUUAUAUCCAAAGUGAAAUAAGUACAUUUGUUUAGUACACUGUUUCCGUUAAGAAACAAUGUGUGAAAUAUAAAAUGUCUGAUAAUCGCAAUAUUUUGUAUACACUAAUCAGUUACUUGUGUUUUUUUUUUCGUACAGUAAUAAAGAUGUUGCGCUUUGUUA